ACCUGCAGGGACCUCAGCAUCUGGGUGUAGCUGCACGAAAAGUGACUGUGCAUAGUCGAACAUGUUGGUGCCCUUGGCUAGCUCAUACUCGGCAACCUGAACAUCGGAUACUGCGAAGAUAUUGGUUUCGGCGAGGUGGGCUAGCAGAGGAAAAGCGAGAUGACGGUCAAGGUAGGAAAUGAUUUUCUUGGACAGGUCGUAUUCUGCCAUUGUCGUCGUCGUCGUCGACUUGGAAGGACGCCCAAAUUUUUGAAGCACAGCCACCGACAUGAAGCUUACGCUGCUUCCGUUUUGGGAACACAGAGCUCUUCCUGUUUCCUCCAUGCAUCCUUCUGUUCGUCUACUCUCGACGGCACGUACUCCGCUAAUCAGGUUCCUCGGAAAGCGUGUAUGGCCUUCCAAACCUGAAGCUCCUCACGCUCAUCCUUACGGUCCACCCGAGCUCUCGGCAAGUUUCCGGAAAGCAUCCCAGCCAGCAGUAGCACAGUCAUCGUCGACAAAGACGCUUGCGAGCGGCGUUGCCUUUACCAACUUCUGGGAGGCACCUGAAAGAUUUUGGAAGCAUGACGUGAAUAAUGCCGAAAUGGCUGCUGUUGAGAGUGGAGGUGCAUCGUUGUGGUGA